UGUAUGUGGUAAAAUUGUGCGCGUGAUAUUUAUCCACACUUGUCUUUAUCUUUUGACAAGAGGCUCUUGUAUACAUAUACAUUAUCAUUUAUGACAUUGCCGAAGCUGGUGUUUUUGUUCAAGAGAAGCUAUUCUACGCUCAAAUUCUCAUUGAGCCGGCCAGAAAGUUAUUUUUCGUAGCAAGUAAAAGAAAAAGAGCUUAUCCAGAAUGGGUCUUGACUUCUACUACACUGUUGGAUCACCUCCAUGCCAUGCCGUUCAAAUGACGGCUAAGGCUGUGGGCGUUGACUUGAACUUGAAACCUAUCAAUUUGGCAGCUGGCGAACACUUGAAUCCCGAAUUCAUUAAGAUUAACCCACAACAUACCGUUCCCACAUUAGUCGACGAUGGUUUCGCUGUUUGGGAAUCACGCGCCAUUAUGGUCUACUUAGUCGAACAGUACGGUAAAACCCGAAUACUUUAUCCAUCUGAUCCAAAGGCGCGUGCCGUUGUUAACCAACGAUUGUACUUCGACUUGGGUACAUUGUAUCAAUGCUUUGCUGGUUACUUCUACCCACCAGUUUUGGAAAAAGUACCACACAAUCCAGACAAUUUGAAGAAAUUGGAAAAUGCCGUUGGUUUUUUCAAUACCAUCUUAGAUGGCCAAACCUAUGCGGCCGGUGACAAUUUGACUGUUGCUGAUAUUUCAUUGGUCGCAACAGUUUCAGCAUUGGAAGCUGCUGGUUUCGACCUCUCAAAGUAUCCAAAUGUGGUUGGAUGGUUGGAUAAAUGCAAGGCCACCACACCAGGCUACGAUAUCAAUGAAGCUGGUCUUGUUGAAUUCAAAAAAUUCCUCAACAGGAACUAAAUGUUGCUUAGCACACUCAUCAUACGCGGGCAGUGUACUGAAUAACAGUGCUCACACUUUUGGCGUAUAUCUUUUGGCGUGCUCACACUUUUGCACCACAAUUGCAAUAUGGAGCAAAUUUCACUUUGCCUUUUCAUUCAAUUAGUCAUUCGAAAUGACAUAGUUCGACUUUUCUGCUUAUUUUUCGUCUCGUCAUGCAUUUAAUCGAUUUUAAUGAAGAAAACCAAAGCAAUUGUCUUCCAAAAUUUAAAUUUCGUUCAAAUAUUUCAAAACAUUUCAUUGAAUACUUCCUUGAUUAUUGUCUAAUCACCUUAAACAAACCAAAGAAACAUGCAUUUGAGAAAUAAAUAAAUAUCUAACAAAAUAAA